CUUGGUAGGAGAAAUGAGAUGCGAUUUGCAACAGCAACGCUUUAUUUUGAGAAAAUUGUCAGACUCAUUGAGAAGGAAAAUUAAAUAUUGACCAAGGACAAUGUCUUUAUUUCUCAGUAACUUAUCAACAAAUGACUGUAACCUGUGGAAAGAAAAUCACAAUUCUACGGACCUUUCAAAUCCACCAGGAACUCUGAAUGUCUAUCUUUUUUGCCUGACAUGUUUAAUGACUUUUGCAGCCCUGGCGGGCAGCAUUUAUUCACUAGCUUCCCUUCUGAAAAUGCAGAACAGAACAGUUGUGUCCAUGCUGGUGGCUUCCUGGUCUGUGGAUGAUCUUAUGAGCGUCCUGUCGGUGACCAUCUUCAUGUUUUUGCAGUGGCCAAACGACUUCCCCGGCUACUUCCAGUCUCUGUGCUCCACCUCUGCCUUACUGUAUCUAUGCCAGGGCCUCUCGAGCAACUUGAAGGCGACUCUCCUAGUCUCCUACAACUUCUACACGAUGCACAGGGCUGCGGGGAGCCAGGCAGCCUGCAGAAGCCCGGGCCAGGUGCUCGGCGUGGCGCUGAGCGUGUGGGCAGCCAGCCUGCUGCUGUCGGCGCCCCCGCUGUGCGGCUGGGGCGGCUUCGUGCGCACGGACUGGGGCUGCCUGGUGGACCGCUCCAGCUCCUACGUGCUGCUGCUCUUCUCCGUGUACGCUUCGGCCUUCGGACUCCUCGCCGGCCUCUCGGUCCCGCUCAUUCACCGGUUGCUGUGUUCGGAGGAGCCGCCGAGACUCCACGCCAACUACCAGGAAAUCUCCCGUGGAGCCUCCACUCCCGGGUCCCCUCGCACGGGGGGGAGAGUGCUCUCCCCGUCCCCGGAAGAUGCUCCGGGCCCGGCCCUGCGGUGCUCUGGGGGCUGCUCCCCGAGCUCGGACGCUGCGUUUGGACCGAGUCGACCCGCUUCCUCUGGGGCUGGAGCCUGCGGGCGUGGACACCGGGGGACUCUUUAUGGCACCAGGAGAUUCGCCGUGAGCGUAGCGCAGAAGCGCUUCUCUUUGAUCCUAGCUCUGACAAAAGUCACCCUUUGGCUGCCCAUGAUGGUCCACAUGGUGGUCCAGCACGUAGUGGAGUUUCAGAGCCUUCCUUUGGAAACACUCAGCUUUCUACUCACCCUGCUGGCCACCACUGUAACCCCAGUGUUUGUCUUGUCCAAGCGCUGGACCCACCUGCCUUGUGGCUGCAUCAUCAACUGCAGGCAGGACUCACACGCAGUGGCAUCCGAUGGGAAGAAAACCAAGAGGAAAGGCUUUGAAUUCAAUCUAUCAUUCCAACAAAGUUAUGGAAUUUAUAAAAUAGCACAUGAAGAUUACUAUGAUGAUGAUGAUGAUGAAAAUUCCAUAUCCUAUCACAACCUGAUGAACUAUGAAUGUGAAACUACAAAAGACUCUCAGAUAGACAGCCGAAAUAUCUUCAAUGCCAUAAAAGUAGAAAUCAGCACCACACCCUGUCUGGACAGCUCCAGACUAAAGGGCAUCAACAAAUGCACGAAUACUGAUAUUACAGAGGCUAAACAGGAUGCCAACAAAGAAAAGGAUGUGUUUACUGACAACACAGGACAUGACAUUAAUUAUGAAGAAACCACCUUUUUUGAAGGGCCAGAAAGAAGACUAUCUCAUGAGGAGAAUCAAAAGCCAGACCUUUCAGACUGGGAGUGGUGUAGAAGUAAAUCAGAAAGAACCCCUCGUCAAAGAACACAAUACUCCAUAUGUUUAGAAUAA